CUCUCAGGUUGAGGACGGAAUCGCGUGGAGCGAAGCACGUGUGGGGUGGUUAUCUGCCUUUUCUAUAAGGUUGUGGCGCCAACAACUCCCUCCUCUUACUGUUGUAAAAAAAAAAAAAAAGAGGAAAAAGUGGGGCGGUGGUAGAGCGCAAACUUGUUGCCGUGGAACAGAGUCGACGAGGUGGGAAGAAAACAUGUUUCUGUUAGUGGAGAUGACUGAUACUGUGCGAAUUCCUCCAUGGCAGUUCGAACGGAAGCUUAACGAUGCCAUCACUGAAGAAUUAAAUAAGAAGUUAGCCAAUAAGGUUGUGUAUAAUGUUGGCCUCUGCAUCUGUCUGUAUGACAUCACAAAAUUGGAAGAUUCCUACAUAUUCCCAGGAGAUGGUGCAUCACACACAAAAGUGCAUUUCCGGUAUGUUGUGUUUCACCCCUUUCUGGAUGAAAUUCUGGUUGGAGAGAUAAAAGGCUGCAGCCUGGAAGGAGUCCGUGUUUCUCUUGGGUUCUUUGAUGACAUCAUUAUUCCUCCGGAAUCCCUACAGCAACCUGCUAAGUUCGAUGAAGCAGAACAAGUGUGGGUUUGGGAAUAUGAGACAGAAGAAGGAGCCCAUGAUCUGUAUAUGGAUACAGGGGAGGAAAUUCGUUUCCGUGUGGUGGAUGAAACCUUUAUAGAUACAUCCCCAACAGGCCCGUGCUCUGCAGAGACUUCCACCUCUAGUGCUACAGAGGAAGUACAGAAGAAAGAGGCCCCCUACACUCUUGUGGGAUCUAUCAGUGAACCUGGUCUGGGCCUCCUAUCCUGGUGGACAAACAGUUAGCUAAAGGAAAAAAAAGACUAUUCUGAAAGAUGGAGACUUUCCAAAUUCAAAAAGUCAGAUGGUGCCUUCCCCCCAUCCCCUCUGCCUUGAACAGCAGUUGCAAAAUGGAAGCUGUGUUUUCCCAUUUCUACUUUGCACUAGAUCUACUUCAACCUCAUCUAGAUCUAGAAAAUGAUUGGGAGCAUCCAGUGUAAUAUCAUCAACACAGAAAAAUUGAAGACCAUAGCAAUGGCAGCAUAACCUCAGGAGGUUCUUAGUCAUCUAUCCACUAUAACUGGGUUCAAGCACCUAAGAAGAAUCUGUUAUUUUGGGGUGAAAUGGGGUACCCCUUGUAUUUUAAAACAGAUGCAAGAAUUAAUUCUGAAGGAGAAUAGCCUGGAAGAAACCAGCAUUUCAUGCUGCCAUAUUCUGUUUCAUCUUGUAAUUAAGAGUUGCGGGGGAAUGAUGUUGCAGAAGUAAGCACCCAUUUUAUUGAAUGUGUUUAUUCCAUUUCCCCAUUUGGUUGGAGGUGCUUCUAACAGCAGUAUGGGAAAUCAGUGAGCUGUCUCUCCAGAGUUGGUAAAUUGUGGUGAGGAAGACUGGUGAAGUUAGGGCAAGGAUACAGAUCUACUGCCAGUCCUCUGAUGGGUCCAUGAAUGGGCAGAACAAGAAGAGCCUAAGAACUGCAUAAGUCUAAAAACUGCAGUUAAUAAGUCUGGAAUGUUUAGAGAACAAACAAACCCUUGUCAGCUGCCCUUGCUUAUCUUACUAUCUCAAAAAACACCUAUUGCAAUUGUUUUCAGCUUAGAUAUUGCAGAAAUGCAAGUGGGCUGCAAUCUGUGCUGCAGAGAAGAUGAAAUACUACUGAAAGCAACUACGAUUGAAUGACACACCUCUGCUUUCAGGCCCAACUGCUAUUGAACAAAACCACUCAAUAACUUUGCUUAGGAGGCAGAUGCUCUUAUCUUGUGGUAGACCCUUCUUCCCAGGGUAUUGUAUACAAGUGCCGUCAAGGACCAUGGCCAUUCAGUUUCUGGAUUUUGAGUUUGCAUGGUAAAUGUAGGACACUGGAUAGCAGUGAAAUGAGCACAUAGGGGACACAAUUGCAAUACAUAAUUAAAAUACCUCUAUAACAUCGGAGAGAUCUUGAUGAUAAAAGUAAAGCUAGAGCGUCUUGCAAUGGAAUUACAGCCAUUCUGGCUAAGGAUGACUUUGGACAUGUACCUACCACAUCAGAGCAUAUCUCGCUCUCAUACAUAACAAUGUGCUUGAAGAUACCCCUUCCUUCAUGACAAUAUUUUGGGCUGUCAAGUAGACAUCUAAAGCUACACUAAGUUCAGUUGUUUCCGUUUCAAAAUCUGCACCAAACUUAGCUAAAUGUUGUGCAGGCCGACUCUGCUUAUAGAGGUCCUCUGUGCUGUGAUUACUGCUGAACCCCAGUGUUUUGCUAUCUAAGAAAUGGGGUUGGUGUAGAAUAAUAAAGAUUGGAAGAUUAGCUUUAACUGAAGGUUGGGUGGCUUAACAAUACAGUAAGCAGAACAGUGUUUUCUACUUUUCAACAAAAGCAUUUUGGACUUGGAAGUAACAACCUCUAAUAAACCAUAAACAUAAAUUUUUCUCUUGUAUUUUUACUGUGUAGUGAUGCUUAAAGGAGUUGAGAAAUUGUGUGCUUUUAGUACUAUACAUCAAGAACUUUGUCACAAAAGGGGGGGUUAAAUCAAAGGACAACUGGCUCAGAUUCUCCAGAAUUAAUGUAUGUGUCUAUGCCCAUUCCUAUUGGCUGUUAUUGCUUUCUAUUAAACAGUACAAUAUUUGAGUUUCUUUUGGCAACGUUCUGCACAAUCUCCUCGUUGAAGUGUCUUCUAACAGUGGAAAGCUGCUCUGCUGAGAAUGAUACGGGUCAUGUAUUGUACUUGCAGAGCAAUCAGUUAUGGAAUAUGAUUGAGCAAGAAACCUGUUUUGUUAUUGUUUUGGGAUAUAAUUGUAUACAAAUAAAUACUUGUCCUUAAUUACAUCAUAA